AUGUCUUCUGGUGAGAAAGACUCUGGUCGUGGCCGCUCUCGAGAGAGACGUAACCCAGACCGUUCAGAGGAAGACGAGGAUGCCGUAAUCGAAAGAUUGCAGCGUCAGACUUCGGAGUUCCAACGAGAACUCCAGCGAAUGCGAAACCGGCGCGAAAGCUCAACCGCAUCGCGUGGUCGCGGUGACCGUGGCCGUGGUCGUGGUCGUGGUCGUGGCCGUGGUCGUGGCGGUAGUAGCCAAGGCCCUCGAAGCUCGUCGACUUCCAGUCGUGCCAGCACUUCUGGCCAGAGCGGCAAGGGAUCCUAUUCCGGGGUUUCUAAGAACCCAGGCCAAGGUGGUUUCGACUGGGUCUCCAAGGCCGAGAAGCGCGAGUACCAAGGGGCCAAUGGAAUGACGGCCCAACGUGUUGUCAACACCUCCUACGGGGGUGGCAACAAUUGUCGCUUCGGGGCUUUUACCCAUACUGGGGGAGUCAUGGGCAUGACUAACACCCCGGCCGAUCUCCUUCGAGCUGGCGAGGAAGUCAUGAGCAACGGGCGAGUCGAGGGGCUUUCUUUCCAUCUGGAGCCCCUAAAGCCAGGCGCGCAUGACUGGAUGCAACGAAAGGCCACAUUGACGGCGGUGACUUCCAAUUUGGAGCCACAAAAGCCUCUCCUGGAAAGGCCGGUUGAGCACUUGUCCUCACAGAAGGGAGAGCAGUGCAUCUGCUGCGAACGCACAGGGCAUAACUUGAGGGACUGCCUCUAUGCCAGCGGCGGCACUAUCCAUGGUUGCACAUUUUGCAACACGAUUGAUCAUCGUGUCGAUGAAUGCACAACCUUCAGGGCAAUGUCUUUGAAGCAAAAGGCUGGAUUGCUUGUCUAUGAACGAGCAAAGCGACCAGCCUUGACUACCACCCGGUUGUGGUGGGAGUACCUCGCGGACUACGUCCGUGAGAACGGCCCGGAUACUCCGAUGCCCAAUGAAUUCCCAUGGUCGGCCGCCUUUGCCAGAGGCAAAUGUCGGGAGGGUGAUGGCACUGUCCUCGCGGCCCUUCAAGCAGUCUGGGAUGCUGGAAGGAAGGUGGAGGAUCUGCCAGCAGAUCCCGCACACCAUUCCGCUGAAGCGGUGCAUUGUUUGUACUUUCCAAACAAUCCCCCAUUCACUCGGGCCCCAGUUGCGCCAGUUGUACCAGCUGCGCCUGCGCCAGCUGCACCAGCUGCACCAGAGGCUCAAGGUAGCAACGUCCCUGCAACGAGAGACAUGGGGGCCCGAAUGAGCCUCAUGUCAAGUUUACUGCGUAAGAAACAAGCCAGUAAGCCUGCCACUCAGCCUGCUGACACACUCGUCCACGAUACCAUGGAUGAGGAGACCCCUAGUGACAAUGAAGAUGAAACAAUGUCAGUAGAUUUCGAGGCCACAUAA